UUUAAGUUGAAAAAAAUUUCAAUUUUCGCCCGAAGUAUUAAAAGCAGCUAAAGAAAUUUCCAUUUUUCUGAUCUCAACUGCCUCCAAAAAGGCUGAAAAUGUAAAAUUUCACAAAAAUUUCUUAAAAUUAGGAAUUUUUCUUCGCACGAAUUAGUCAUCAACAACAAAAAAUCGUUGCACGUAGUUACCAUAAAUGAGAAUUAAGACAAAUUUAGAAGGCUGAUCAACAAUUAAGGGGAUUAAAACGCACAAAAAUGCCGAGCACAGUAAUUUUUGCCAUCAAUAACGAAGGAAGGAUUUACGCUCUUCCAACAAACAGUUCAACAUGGCGUGAAUUUUUGUAUUUGGGACUUGAAUUCAAGAAAAUUUCUGCUGUAAAUCACUUUAUGUGGGCUAUCGGAGGAGAUCGUCAAGUUUAUGUGCAUGUUCAUGGAAUUGACACGGGAAUUCGUGUUCGGGAGGAAGUUUACGAGAACGAACGAUGGAAUCCAAUUUCGGGUUUCACAGCAAAACUUUUGCCCACAGAUCGUUUUCACUUUUCAAACGUCGAUGGAACAGUAAAUCGUGAAAUCGAUAAAAUCCGUUGUCCGUCAAUGGCAUGGCAAUGGGAAGGCGAAUGGGAGUUAGAGUUGACUUUGGAAGGGCAACCUUUGGAUCACGAUGGAUGGACUUAUGCUGUUGACUUUCCCGCGACGUAUCAUCCGGAGAAACAAUGGAAAUCUUGUGUUCGACGCAGGAAAUGGUUCAGAUUUCGUCGUUAUAGUGCUCUGAAUUCGUGGUGUGCAAUUGCUCCAUUGCACAAAGAUGCGACGGAAGAACCUUUUAUCGAUGUUGCGAUCGGAGGAACGAAUAUUCCGGGCGCUGAAGACGGGAUGUUGGCAGUUUGGGCAAUCACGUCGAAUGGCAGAGUAGUAUUUCGUACGGGAGUUUCGCAUUCGUCGCCUGAGGGUUUGAGAUGGACUCUUGUGAAAGCGCAAACGGGCUGUGAAGCAUCGCAGAUAAGUGUAGGAACAACGGGACUCGUUUGGUGCAGUUUGUACAAUGGAAGAGCGAUGGUACGAAGCGGUUGCACGAAAGACAAUCUCAUGGGAGACAAUUGGAUUGAAGUCAAACCUCCGGAAAAUGGUUUGAAAAUUACUUGUGUCUCUGUCGGAAGGAAUUCUGUGUGGUGUGUCACGAAUGACAAUCACGUUUAUUGGCGACGUGGCGUAAAAGGCGAUAUUGCAGGCGUAAAUGAGGAUGCGGCAAUCGGAAAUGCGUGGGUUGAGAUGGUUGGAAAUAUUUCACAGGUCUCUGUUACGAGCAACGAUCAAGUUUUCGCCAUCGGGGCAGAAGAUAGAGCUUUGUAUUUCCGUUCGGGCGUUACAAGUAGCGAUCCAACAGGCAAAAAAUGGCGACAAAUCCAAUGUCCGAUGCAAAUGUCACGUACUUCGAGCAUAAAUUCGCUUGGAAGUCGUCGCAGCGGUUCCGAAUCCCCGAAUUCAAAGCAUAAAAGUAUGGGAAAUUUACUUAAAGAACGCAACGACGAAAGCCCAAAACCCGCAUUACCCGAUUUUGAUGAAACUUCUCACUCAGCGCCAAAUCAAAACUCCAAAUAUAAACCUGAAUUAUGGAAAAAGCCGUAUCAGUCUCCUCCGAGCGGCGGUAGAAUCGAUGAGGAAAAAGACAAUUAUAUGGUACCAAAUAGUGCGCCGCUUGAACAUGUAAUUUCCAGCGAAAGAGUCAUCGGGAGAUCUGUGAGUCCUGUGCGUUCUGUGGGAAGUGUCGUUGCAACAGAAGCGAAUCCCGACUCAGAUUCGAUCGUUUUUGAAGGAGAAUUUUCCCGUGAUAGCGGAAUUUUUGGCGAAGAUGAUGUCGUUGAUCAUAUUGGAGGAUCGACAUGGACAAUUGACAGCAAUGCAUGGACUGUUGUAACGUCGGGAGCUGUUCAAAUUGACAUAAAUCAACUUCCAAAUUGGUUUAAUGAUACCUUUGGAGUGACAACUGCCGAAGAAUUUAAGCAACCAUGGCGUUUGAGUAUGUUGGAAAAGUUGAGAAAUGUGAAUAAUGGGAUUAGAACAGCUUUUGGCGAAUAUGAAAAAGCUAUUGAGAUGAAUUCGUGGGUGAAAUCGGGAGAAGCUAAAGUUUCCAAACCUGGGAAGCCAUUUGAAGAUUGCUUGCUUGAACUUGAAUGGGUCGAUACACAAGGCGCAUCAGGAUCAGGCACCUUAACUGUUCUCUCGAGCGACGGAGUAACAAUAAAACUCCAAUUUUCGUUGUCAGAAAUUAUGUGUGUCGCAAGUUGCAGUGAAGCAUCUACGCCACGAAUUGUCAUUCAUGCGCCUCGUUUACCCAAUGGAACAUCUCCCGUACGUUUCCAAUUCAGCGCUGAGAGUGAACAAGAAGAUUGGUUAUCCCAUUUGACGUCUGUUUGUUGCCAAAUUAACAAUUUAAGCGGAAAACCUUCGGAAAACUCGAUUUGGGCAACUUCCGUGCUCGGAGAUGUUUUCACGUUUGAUCCAACGACCCUCAAUACGAAUCAGUAUAACGACGAGAAGAAACAAUUUUCGCAGGAAAUAGAACUUUCGGCUACAGAAACGCCUUAUACUGUUUCUUUGUACAACGGAAUGACAAAAGGCACGGAAUUAGAGGUUAUUGGUUACGUUUGUCCUGAUGCGGAUCAAGUGAGAUUCGAUUUGUUGACGUAUCCGAGCAAAAAAGGCGAGAGACCUGAUAUUGCGUUGCAUAUUAAUCCAAGAUUCAAUGAAAAUACGCUCGUUUUCAAUACAAAAGAGAAAUCUGAAUGGCUUGACGAAGUUAGAGAUACAAUGUUGACUUUUGCUCCCGGAGCGGAAUUCAAAUUGACGAUAAAAACGCUUCCGAAUGGCUUUGAAGUGACUGUCGAUAAUGUUGUGUAUCCCAUUUAUCAUUAUCGCACGAACCCGAAUGGCGUUGUGAGCUUUUUCAGCAGCGGACGAGUCAAAAUCUUCAAAAUUCGGUAUCACAGUCCUUCGGUUAUCAUGUGCCCAACGGAUUUAUUUUGGCGUCAAAUGGGAGGACACUUGAAAAAAGUCGAAACUUGUAAAGCAGGCGUCACGUGGGGCAUUGCGAACGAUAAUACGCCAUAUUAUUACACAGGCGGAUGGGGAGGACAAUUUCUGAAAGGACUCGAAUCGAGUACAACGGGCAUUCAUAGCUUGACAGAUGCGCAAAAUUAUUACAUUUACGAGAAUCAACGAUGGAAUCCAAUUUCGGGAUUUAGUUCGACGGGACUCCCAACUGAUCGACAUUGUUGGAGUGAUGUUACGGGCAAACACAAACGCAGUAAGGAUCAUGUGAAGGUUCCGUCAACGCAUUGGCAUUGGAUUUCCGAUUGGAUGGUCGAUUUUCAUACGCCGGGCGGUGUUGAUCGAGAUGGAUGGCAAUAUGCGGUUGACUUUCCUGCAAGUUAUCAUGGCAAGAAGAAUUUUACGGAUUACGUGAGACGUCGCAGAUGGUAUAGAAAGUGUCAGUUGAGCACAACGGGCCCAUGGUAUGAAGUUGGAAAUGCGAAAAUUGCAGAUGUUUCGUUAUUUUCGAGCGGAGAAGCGCCAAAUUAUACGAUGAAUGUGUGGGCGAUUGCAGUUAAUGGAGAAGUUUUGUUGAGACGAGGCGUGACAGUUUCUAUUCCAGCGGGAACUGGAUGGGAGCACAUCUCAUCGGAAACCCCAAUGACGUCGAUUUGCAUUCACGAUGGUCAGGUAUGGACAAUUGGUAAAAACGGCGCUGUUUUUCGUCGCAUCGGCAUCAAUUGUGACAAACCUUGUGGCGAAAAUUGGCAGAAACUUGAAUCAAACGGGAUAAUUUUCAAGCAAAUUUCUCUCGGAGCAGCAGGAUGUUGGGCAAUCGAUCAAUUUGGCAAACUUUACAAUCGCAAAGAAAUCACGUCAGUUUUCCCCGAAGGUACCCAUUGGCAUCCCGUCGUGAAUUUGUGCACGGAUAAAUCGCAUUACGACGGAAAUAUGUCGUUCAAACACGUUUCCGUGGGAGAAUAUGUUUGGGCAGUUACAAAUAAUGGAUUUAUCUUUAAACGAGUUGAUACGACAGCAAAUCAAUCGAAUCCCGAAUACGGAUGGAAUAUCGGUAUAUCGGCGAAUUUCCAACAUAUUUGUGCAAAAGCGUUAUAAAAAAGUAGAUUUUGAUAAAAAAAAAAUCAUUUCUUAUUAGUUGUAAAAGUAUUUUUGUGAUAAAAAGUGUAUUUAUCGAUGUAAUUUCCUCAAUAAAGCUGCUUA